ACGCCUAAUCUUUCACCCACAAGGAAUCUCAGCCUUAAUUACGGAUUUCAAAGAAUUCCAUAAGCGUAAUACUGUCCGAUUUGUCAUUACUAUGACGGAACAGAAAAUGCAACAGGCUGAAGCUGAAGGAUUUCAUAAGGCUUUUCAACUUCAAACUACACAUUCCCUGAAACCCACAUUGCUGUACGAUUCCAAUGGCUCUCUGAGAAUGUACGGCUCGGCUAACGAAGUUUUGAAAGCGUUUUUUUAAGUUCGCCUUGGCUUAUACGGAAAAAGAAAAGAGUACUCAACCGAUCUGAUUCAAGCUCAGUCUAAAUAUCUCACGAAUCAAUCAAAAUUCAUACGCGAAGUGUGUGAUAAUGUCUACAAUUUCAACUUUAAAGAGACUUAUUUUGUUAUUUGUUUUGGUGGAGCAGCUGCGCCAGCGAGGCUACGAUCCGAAUCCAAUUCUGAUUUGGAAAAGGAAAGUAGGUCUAAAUGCGGAAGUGGCCAAGAUUGGUAAAUUCGAUUAUUUGCUCGCCUUUUUGAAGCCUCCCUACUCGGAUCUACGUGGAUCAAAAGAAGAGCUGAUGAAGAAUCGAGAAAACUGCUUAAAACGAUUUGACGUUAUCUUGAAAAAGUCACCGGUGGAAUUGUGGUGUGACGAUCUGGCGGCUUUUUCGGUGGCCUUUAAGAAGAUCGAAGAUGAUGAGCAGAAAGAGCUUGCGUCCAUCGCCGAAUCUCGUCGCGAAGAGAAGAAAUCUCGCCAGGAUUCCGACUCGGAUGACGCUCCUAAACCAUCUGCAAAGAAAGCCAAUCUUCGUUUUAACUGAAUUCAAUUUUCAUUUAUAGACCACUCCUGCGCCUUGCGCGAUUAUCCCCAACCCCCUUUUUUGUAGUUUGGUUUUCUUUUUUUUUCGAUGGGAAAAAUUUGAUUGAUUUGAUUUUGUAGCCAUUUUCAGAAGGAUACAAAAAGAAAAAAAAACGGUACAUUCCUAGGUUCCUAAUCAUUUAUUUUAACUCAUUAAUUUUAACCACUUGUAGGUGCUUCAUCGUCCUGUGCAACUCGUUCUCUCCUGAAAUGCAACCAACCAACAGCUAAUCCUAAUUCCCCUGUUGAUAAUGGCGCAUUAGCGAUGAAAGGUAUGGCCGCAGAUCAUCUUAACCACACAAGAUCUCCUCCUGGAUCAUUUAACCUAGCACAGCCUUAAAGUUGCUCACCAAGAACUGAACCUAUUAAACGUAUCCGUCUUCAAGCUUUUCCUACCCCUGGUACAUAUUGUACCGUCCGUCACUCUCAUCAGAAACCACAAACAUUUAUCAAACGAAUCCUGUUACGGCAUCCACUCCCAUUUUACGCGAAGUUAUUUCUCUUUCGCAUCAAACUACCUAGCUUUUUCUGCUACGAAUGCAUCUCUCCGAAGUCAUUGAACCAACUAUAAGGCCAUUAUUGUUAGAAAUUCCUCUUCUGCUGAUCUUUCACGACAAAAAUUCGUUUCCUAGAGCAUAAACUUGUGCCGUUUUUUUCAUAGAAACUGUUCAUGCUAGCUUCACUGGGAGCGAUCCCUUAAUAGGAGCCGUCAAUGAGAACGUAAAAGUAACCGCCUCAAAGAAACAA